UCGGUGAUUUAUUUUCGCUCGGGCUAGAUGUGCAAAUUUCAUGAACGGAAGUUUAAAGUUCCUAAGCAACACAAAGCACAAUUGUGUUUGGCGCAUACGGGAAAACAUGGCUGCCGCAGUGGCAUUACAGGCCCAAGGCAUUGAGAGUAAAAUCAGAACUCUUGCACAAACCAAACGCAUCAGGAUCAAAGACUAUUUUCAAGACUUUGAUAAGCUAAAAGGAGGUGGAGUCACAGAAAACCAGUUCUUUAGAUGCCUUUGCAGUGCUUUGGGUUUGCAGAUUGACUCGAAAGAUGCUGAAGCCCUUAAACAAAGAUACAUGAGAAAUGAUGGAUUGCUUAAUUACAUGCAAUUCUGUAAUGAAAUUGAUUUAAAUUUCAACCCAAAAAACCUGAAAAAGGACCCCAGAGAACAAACAGUUGAAGUUCCAGAGUUUCUCGGAACGAUAAGAUCGGUCAGACCACUGAGUGCAACUGAAGAACAAAAAUUAGUAAUGCUGUUGGAGAGAAUGCAAAAAUUUUAUCAGUAUCAUGGAAUCAAUCUUAGGACAUGCUAUGAGGAUUUUGACAGACAUCACAUGGGUGUUGUAACUGAAAGCCAGUUCCAUAGACAAUUCCCAGGUCCACCUGAUGUGAAUGACAGUGAGAUGGCUCUGCUGGUUCAAAAAUAUAAAGAUCCAGAAAAGCCAGGGCUAUUAAACUAUUUAAAUCUCCACCAUGAUCUGGUGGCCAUACAACAACAAGUAGCUGCCCAGAAAGAAUUACCACCAGUCAGAUCCCAGAAACAAAUGGACCAUGUUCCCAUCAUUCAAACUGGUGACCCAGCAUUAAACGAGAUAUUUGAGAAAAUCAGGGUGGCUGUGUUUAAAAAUGGCAUCAGAACCACAGAAUUCUUUCGGGACCAUGAUAAGCUGAGGAGUGGAAUUGUGACAGAGAGUCAGUUUAAGUGUGGCCUAGCUCUGGCCGUGGGUAAGGAGGCCCAGCUGUCUCGAGCAGAAAUCCAGAAAGUGGUGGAAUAUUACAGGGUCGCUGAAGACAGGGUUCAGUAUAGGGAGUUCUGUGAUAUGAUGGAAAAUGCCUUCAACAUCCCAGAUCUGGAGAAGAAACCUUUACAAAAUGUUGUUCGUCCUCAGCGAGGUGCAUUGUCCAGGACAUUAAAAGCAUUAACUGAUGAAGAGGAGAGACAAUGUGAAGAAGUUUUGCAAAAAAUAAGAGAGCAAGUCCAGAGGAGAAGACUAAUGAUAUACCCCUACUUUAAAGAUCAUGACAGGGGUGUGGCCUACACAAGAGUGGUUACCCCAACCCAGUUUUCCCGAGUUCUUCAUUACCUGAGCCUAAACGUCAACCCAGAGGAACUGAAACUUCUGCUGAGGAAAUUCCAGGACCCUGCCAGUGGCGACGUCAACUACCCAGCCUUUGUCCAAACUGUAGAUAAAGAAUUUGUUGGCCACACCCUUGAGGAUGUGAGUAUGAUUGAUCAGACCAGAACUAACGUACCUGUGGUAGAGAAGGAAGUAACGGCCGCAGAUAGCAGUGUGUCAUUCGAGGAGAUGAUGGCCAGAAUCCGCCAUAUUGUGCUUACCAAUCGGCUCAGA